AUGUAUUAUUUCUUGGUGCCUAGUGUUGUCUACGUGUAUGAUGAUUUCUUGGUGCCUAGUGUUGUCUACGUGGAUGAUGAUUUCUUGGUGCCUAGUGUUGUCUACGUGGAUGAUGAUUUCUUGUGUGUGGAUGAUGAUUUCUUGGUGCCUAGUGUUGUCUACGUGGAUGAUGAUUUCUUGGUGCCUAGUGUUGUCUACGUGGAUGAUGAUUUCUUGGUGCCUAGUGUUGUCUACGUGUAUGAUGAUUUCUUGCCUAGUGUUGACUACAUGUCUAGUGUUGUCUACGUGUAUGAUGAUUUCUUGGUGCCUAGUGUUGUCUACGUGGAUGAUGAUUUCUUGGUGCCUAGUGUUGUCUACGUGGAUGAUGAUUUCUUGGUGCCUAGUGUUGUCUACGUGGAUGAUGAUUUCUUGGUGCCUAGUGUUGUCUACGUGUGGAUGAUUUCUUGGAGUGUUUCUUGGUUUCUUGCCCUAGUGUUGUCUACGUGGAUGAUGAUUUCUUGGUGCCUAGUGUUGUCUACUGAUGAUUUCUUGGUGUCUAGUGUUGUCUACGUGGAUGAUGAUUUCUUGGUGCCUAGUGUUGUCUACGUGGAUGAUGAUUUCUUGGUGCCUAGUGUUGUCUACGUGGAUGAUGAUUUCUUGGUGCCUAGUGUUGUCUACGUGGAUGAUGAUUUCUUGGUGCCUAGUGUUGUCUACGUGGAUGAUGAUUUCUUGGUGCCUAGUGUUGUCUAUGGAUGA